AUGAAGGCCAUCAUCAAGAUCGCCAUUGCGGCGACUUUGGUCGCUGGCGCAACGGCCCAGCCGCAUGCCCACCAGCACCGUCAUGCCCACGCAAAGAAGCACGAGCACGGUUCCCCAGUUGCUCUUGACAAGCGCUCUCCCGCCGUGGCUAUCGUCUACGAGACGCCCGUCGUCACCGAGUACGUCUACGAAGGCGAGGACAUCGAUGCCGAGAAGGCUAAGGCUGGCAUCGAAGCCGGUCUCUACCGUGUUGUCGGCGAGUCGACUCCCACCUUCGUUCCUCCCCCUCCUCCCAGCAGCACCUCGACCUCCAUCAGCAGCAGCUCAACACUGGCUGCCCAGUUCUUCGAGGUCAAGUCGAGCAGCACCCCGUCGCCCACGUCGACUUCAACGCCCGCUCCUGCUUCGACUUCCGCAUCCUCCUCCUCCUCUGACACCUCCACAGGAGAUGGUCUCGACAAGGAGUUCCAAGAUGGUGUACACGAUUGUGCCAACUACUUCCCCUCCGAGUACGGCGCUGUCCCCGUUGACUAUCUCGGACUCGGCGGUUACCUCAGUCUCCAGCAGCCGGCCGGUGGUUGGACUCUUGGUGUGAAGAUGAACAAUAUUGUUCAGCCUACCUCUGGCGAUCCUACUCCAGGCACUUUUGCGUCUUACCGUUGCCCCGAUGGCUACGGCAAGACUCAGUGGCCCGCGGACCAAGGCGCAACUGGCCAGUCCAUCGGUGGGCUGUACUGUGAUUCCGACAACAAGCUCUAUCUCUCCAACAAGGACCGCCCGAAGCUCUGUAUGAAGGGCGCCGGCGGUGUCAAGAUUGUCAACAAGCUGAGCAAGGUCGCCUGUGCUUGCCAGACGAACUAUCCCGCUGACGAGAAGAUGUCCAUCUCCCUCUGCCCCACCCCAGGUCAAACCCGAGAUAUGUUCAACCCUAUUGCUACCGAGUCCUACUACUGGCAGGGAACCCCUACUUCUGCCCAAUGGUACCUGAAUCCUCUUGGGUUUGACGCUGAGGACGCCUGCGUCUGGCUCAACCCCAACUAUCCGGACAACACCGGCAACUAUGCCCCUAUGAAUGCUGGCACUGGCCAGGACGUGAAUGGCGUGACCUAUCUUUCUAUCUUCGACAACUCGCCCAGCAGCUCCGCAAAGCUUGACUACAACGUUGCAAUCACCGGCGACAUUCUCGGUGGACCGUGUGCCUACACAGUCGGUGAAGGAUACUCGAACGGUGGCACUGGCUGCACUGUUACCCUCAAAAAGGGAGGUACAGCUUCCUUUGUUCUCUCCAACUAG